ACCUUCACCAUUAACCAGGACUGUCCCUUAAUUAAAAGGCCAAAUUUACUACUUAUUUUACUGAAUCCACAUCCCACAUCCAUCAUGGGUACACGAGGCAUUCUGGGCUGCCUCCUCCUGACUGCCUUGCUCAGUUUUACAAAUGCUGGGCUCGUGAAGAAAAUCCUACGACACCGACGACAAACUCUGGCUUCCCCUGAAGAACAUAACAUCACCCUCCCGAGUGCAGGCCAUCCUGUGAUUUUCAACCACGUUUAUAACAUCGAUGUUCCUGCUAGUUCCCUGUGCUCGGUGAACCUGGACUCUCCAGAGAGCACAAAGCUACAGCCCAAAGAUGCAGCACUCUCUCCAGGCCAUCAAGCCACUGAGCACACUGUCGAUGGGGAAAACCAAAUCGUCUUCACCCAUCGCAUCAACAUACCUCGCCAGGCCUGUGGUUGUGCUGACGACCUGCCUGGCUUGAAAGACCUCAUGAGUCGGUUGGAGAUGCUUGAGGGAGAAGUUUCAGCAUUGAGAGAUCAGUGCAAUGGUGACAAAGCUUGCUGCAGUGCACAGGUUAAAGGUGAGGUGGGAACAAAACCUUACUGCAACGGUCACGGAAACUACAGCACCGAAACCUGUGGCUGCAUAUGUGAGCCUGGCUGGAAGGGACCCAACUGCACUGAACCCGACUGUCCCAGCAACUGUCAGGCUCGUGGCCGCUGCGUUGACGGAAAGUGUGAGUGCUUCAAGGGCUUCACCGGAGAAGACUGCUCACUCGAGGCCUGCCCUGUGGACUGCAGCGCACACGGCCAGUGUGUGGGCGGUAUUUGCAUCUGCUCUUAUGGUUUCUUUGGCGACGACUGCUCUGAAACCAAGUGCCUGAACAAUUGCCUGGGCCGCGGGCGCUGUAUGGAAGGAGACUGUGUGUGCAAUGAACCCUGGACUGGCAUCGACUGCUCUGAACUCAUCUGCCCCAAAGACUGCUAUGACCGUGGACGCUGUAUGAAUGGGACCUGCCACUGCGAAGAGGGAUACACAGGGGAGGACUGUGGAGAACGUACCUGUCCCAACAACUGCCACGGUAAUGGUUUCUGUGUGGAUGGCCUGUGUGUCUGCAUUGCCGGCUUCAGCGGAGAAGACUGCUCUCAGCUCACCUGCCUCAACGACUGCAACGGCAGAGGUACAUGCUUCAACGGGAUGUGUAUCUGUGACACGGGCUACCAAGGCGAAGACUGCAGCCAGUUAGCGUGUCUGAACAACUGUAACAGCAGAGGCCAAUGCAUAAACGGACAGUGUUCCUGCGAUGUUGGUUUUCAGGGAGAUGACUGCGCGGAGCUUUCCUGUCCGAACAGCUGUCUGAACAGAGGUCGCUGCGUCAAUGGGCAGUGUGUGUGCGAGGAAGGCUUCGCAGGGGAGGACUGCAGCAUCAAGACGUGCCCCUCAAACUGCUACGGCCGUGGCGAGUGCGUUGAGGGACGUUGUGUGUGUCAUGUAGGCUUCACAAGCGAGGACUGUGGUGAAUUGAGCUGCCCCAACAACUGUCGAAACCGUGGCCGAUGCAUCGACGGGCAAUGUGUUUGUGACGAAGGCUUCACCGGGGAAGACUGCAGCCAGAAAGCUUGUCCCAAUGACUGUCUGGCCCGGGGUAACUGUGUCGAUGGCAAGUGCAUCUGUCAGGAAGGCUACUCAGGAGAUGACUGCUCUGUGCUCACCUGUCCAGGUAACUGCAACAACAGGGGGCGCUGCAUCAAUGGAAGGUGCACGUGUGAGAGUGGAUACCAAGGAGAAGGCUGUGCAGAGCUGAGCUGUCUCAAUAAUUGCCAGGACAAAGGCCGCUGCGUGAAUGGCCAAUGCGUCUGCGAUGAGGGAUACAUUGGAGAAGAUUGCUCAGAUGUGUCUCCUCCAAAGGACCUUACUGUUGGCGAGGUCACCAGUGAAACAGUGGACCUGUCCUGGGACAACGAGAUGUUGGUGACAGAGUAUCUCGUGACUUAUGUGCCCACCAGUCCUGGUGGUCUUCUCCAGGAGUUCACUGUGUCAGGAGACAAAACAGCUGCCACUGUCAGGGAGCUUGAACCUGGCAUUGAGUACCUGAUCAAUGUCUACGCUGUUCUGAGCAACAAGAGGAGUGUCCCUGUCAGUGCGAGGGUGGCCACAGAUCUUCCCCAGCCAGCGGGUUUAAUAUUCAAAUCGGUAAGAGAGACCUCAGUGGAGGUGAUGUGGGACCAGCUGGACAUCCCCUUUGAUGGCUGGGAGAUCUAUUUCCGUAACACGAAAGAAGAAAAUGGGAAAGUCGUGAGCACACUUCCACCCUCUCAAAACCAGUUUUUCCAGUCAGGUCUUGGACCAGGGCAAGAGUAUGAAGUCUCCAUCAACAUCAUCAAGAACAACACCAGAGGACCCCAACUGUCCAAAAAAGUCACUACCAGGAUUGAUGGCCCCCAGCAGGUGGAGGUGAAGGAUGUGACGGACUCCUCUGCUCUAAUCAGCUGGUCUCAGCCGGUUGCUCCUAUGGACAAAAUCACCAUGUUUUAUGGUCCCAGCUCUGACACCUCAGAUGAAACCAGGGUGGAGAUUUUCCCACCAGACAAGCAGUACAGCAUUGGUGGUCUGAGACCAGACACGGAGUACAAGGUGUCUCUCAUGUCCAGGAGUGGAGACACCUCCAGUGAUCCUAUCAGCACCACAUUCACCACGGCCCUGGAUGCUCCUAAGGACCUGCAGGCUCUGUUCGAGACAGACCAAAGCAUCUCUUUGGAGUGGACCAACAGUCAAGCUGAUGUUGGCAGCUAUCGCGUGAAAUAUAGUCCCAUCUCUGGAGCAACUCACGGAGAGGAAGUGUUUCCACGAGGAUCAGGAGACUCGACAAAAGCUACUAUCACUGGACUAAGGCCGGGGACAGAGUAUGGGAUUGGCGUGACUGCUGUGAAGAAUGAGAGAGAGAGCCUCCCAGCUACUACAAAUGCAGCAACUGAUAUCGAUCCUCCCAGAGAUUUUGAAGAAGUUGAGUCUACAGAGACGUCCCUCACCUUGAGGUGGCAGAAACCUCGAGCUAAGGUGAGCGCCUACAGGCUGGUGUAUGUCUCCAAAGAUGGCCAGCUUGAGGAGGAGGAGAUCCCAGCCACAGCGACGAGCUAUGUCUUGUCUAACCUGACUCCAGGAAUGGGCUACAGCAUCACUUUGACCGCAGAGAGGGGUCUCAAGAAGAGCACACCUGUCACCCUUUCUGCAUCCACAGCCACAUUCACAUUUUAUUUAGCUGACUCAGACGGCCGUGAGGCAACGACUCCUUCAGGCUCGGAGGACAAUGUCAUUAGCUUUGUGUAUUUAGACCCCUCUGAGUCCCAGUUCUCUGGGACAGGGCCUGAGGAUGAACUUGAAGCGCUGACCGUCUCGGGCAUCACGCCUGAUGGAUUUGACCUCUCGUGGAAACUAAAGGCUCACAAUGUCUUUGAUAGUUUCACAGUAGAAUAUAAAGACACUCAGCGAUUGUGGGAUGUGAGAGAGGUCCAGCUUCCUGGAGAUGCCACUGGAUCUAGAAUCCAAGGCCUGAAGGCAUCGACAGAAUAUGAAAUAAAACUUUACGGGAUAACCAGUAGCCAGAGAUCUGCGCUACUUGACGCUGUUGCAGUCACAGCACCAAAGCCUACCUCUCCAUAUGUACUUACGCUGAGCAUCAAGGAUGCCCCGACAAGUCCACAGCCAGCAAGCCCACAUUCUGCUCUGGAUAAUGAAGCAAUUCCAAACACAGACCCCCUCCAUCCUCUAAACACCGAGGAUCCGUCCACUUCUGAUACUGGUGUGAUGAGCUCUGCUGCUGAGCCUGAGAGCUCAAACCCGGACGCACUGGGGAACCUCACAGUCAGUGUUGCCUCCACUAACAUAAGCCUGACUUGGCUGGCGCCUGAUGAGGCGUUUGAUAGCUUUUUGGUGGAGGUCAGUGCUCCGUCAGCGACAACACAAGCUCAUGUGAUCACACUACCGGGAAGUGCGAGGAAGGCUGAAAUAGAGGGUUUGUCCCCCUCUACGCAGUAUGAUAUUACAUUACAGGGGCUGGUGGAAGGGAAGAGAUCUUUACCGCUCAAAGUUUUUGCUACUACAGCAGAGGAGCUGAAGCCGAUGGUGUUGAACCUCACCAUCUCUGACAAUACAUGGGACGGCUUCACUGCGUCCUGGAGCCCCACGGGUGGGGAAUUUGACAGCUUUGUCAUUGAGGUAACAAACUUGGAGAAUUUCGCACAAAGCCAGAACCUCACUGUGUCGGGAGACGCGUUCAGCCUGGGUAUCUCUGGGCUGAAUCCCAACACCAGCUACAUGGUUGGCCUGUAUGGGAUGUAUCAGGGCUCCUUCCUUGAACCCGCGUACACUGAAGCCACCACAGUGAAUCAACGGGUAGUUGGCAAUCUGUAUAUCUCAAACUUAACGUCAGAGAGCUUUUCAAUCUUCUGGAACGGCACUGAAGGAGAAUUUGAUGGUUUUAUCCUGGAGAUUAUUGAUUCUGAUUGGCUGAUGGAGCCAAAGGAAUAUAACAUAUCCCACAAUGUAAAGUCCUAUGACAUCACAGGGCUCAGGCCCAGCACUGACUAUAUAGCCUACCUCUAUGGGACAUACAAGGGAUCCCGAACAAGUGCCAUCAGUAUUGUUGCAUCAACAGCUGAAGAGCCUGAUUUGUCCAGGCUAGUUGUUUCUAACAUUACCUCAGACCGAUUUUCUCUGUCGUGGCGGACAGGAGAGAAGGCUUUUGAUAACUUUAUAGUAGAAGUUAGAGAGUCUGCUUUGCCCUCGCAGGCGAUGGGGCGCGCUCUGCCAGGGGACGUGCGCUCCACAGUCAUGGCCGGGCUCAAAGCGAGUACGAGCUACAACAUAAAGCUGUACGCUAGCGCUGGUGGCCAGAACACACAGCCCCUGUUCCAUGUAGCCACAACAGAGGAUGUCCCACAGUUGGGGCCCCUAGCGGCCUCGUCUAUGAGCCCAAAUAACCUCAGCCUGUCCUGGAGCACAGUGUCGGGCCACUUUGAUGGCUUUGUUAUCCGAGUCAGUGACCCCGAGCAGCAGUAUGAUACGCUGGAGUUCAGACUGCCCGGUGAAGCUCGUAACUUUACAGUCUCUAACCUGAUGGAUGCCACAGGCUAUGAUAUUGAACUGUACGGUAUCUCUCAUGGGCGCCACACUCCCUCUGUGUUAGCCCACGCUGUCACAGCUCCUUUGCCCAAAGUGGAAAACUUGACCAUUUCCAACAUAACCCCAUAUGGAUUCCGUGUGUCGUGGGAGGUGAAACAGCAGCCGCAGCAGGAGGAAAUAGCCCCCUCUAGUGGUGGCUUCAGCCAUUUUCAUAUAGUGGUGACGGACUCUGGCUGGCUGCUGGAGCCUCAGGAUUUCACGGUGCCAGGAAACCAAAGUCACCUGGACAUCUGGGGCCUCAUCACUGGCAUUGGCUAUGAGGUCAGGCUGACCGGGGUGUCAGAGUCAGGGCUCCUCUCUCGGCCUCUGACUACAGUGGCUGUGACAGAGGCUGAGCCGGAGGUGGAGCAUCUCUUUGUUUCGGACAUCACACAUGACAGUUUCCGUCUGUCAUGGACUUCUGAUGAAGACAUCUUUGACAGAUUUGUGAUCAAAAUAAGAGACAGCAAAAGAUUAGCCCACCCUCAAGAGUACAGCGUCCCGGGCGAUGAGCGAACCAAGGUUUUGACUGGACUCAUGAGUGGCACUGAGUAUGAAAUCGAGCUUUAUGGUGUCACUUUGGACCAACGCUCCCAGCCUAUUACAGGAGUUGCUCAGACAGGCCUGACCACUCCAAGGGGACUCCACUUCUCUGACGUGACUGACUCCUCAGCUGUGGUUCACUGGUCCAUGCCUCGCUCUCCGGUGGAUAACUAUCGUAUCACCUAUGCACCAUUUGAAGGAGGAAGCCCAUUGAUGUUGACUGUAGACGGCAGCGUGUUUGAGGUUUUGCUGCCCAACAUGAUCCCUGGCAAAGUGUACAAAGUGACUGUGAGUUCUGUGAAGGGUCUGGAGGAAAGCGACCCCAGCACGGACACUGUAACCACAGCUUUGGACAGACCUCAGGGUCUGACUGCAGUCAAUGUCAGUGACACCUCAGCCCUCUUGCUGUGGCAGCCGUCUGUAGCCACGGUCGAUGGCUACGUGAUAACUUACAGCGCCAGUUCAGCAUCUUCCUUGGUGGAGCAUGUUUCUGGGAACACAGUGGAGUUUGAGAUGGGCUCUCUGGUUCCAGGAACACACUACACAGUUGGAGUUCAUGCUGUUAAAGAAGCCCAGAAGAGCGCCUCUGCUGUCACUGAAUUCACCACAAAUGUGGACCCUCCUCGCGAUCUGACUGCUUUUAACAUUCAAACUGACAGUGCAACUCUCACGUGGAAACCUCCGCAGGCUGCUGUCACAGGUUACACGCUCACCUUCUCUUCUGCUGAUGGCACAAUCAGGGAAGUGGUGCUAAGCUCGACAGCGUCCUCUUACACAAUGGCUCAGCUAACUGGCUCUACAGAGUACAGUGUCAGAUUGCAGGCCAUCGCUGGUGCCCAGAGGAGUCGUUACGUCAACACGGUCUUCACUACUGUCGGACAAUUGUACAGACGCCCUAAGGACUGUGCUCAGAUUUUACUGAAUGGGGAGACGACGUCUGGCCUGUACACUAUCUAUGUGGGAGGAGAGGAAAGCCAGCCCCUUCAGGUUUACUGUGACAUGACCACAGAUGGUGGAGGAUGGAUGGUUUUCCUCCGACGUCAGAAUGGAAAGCUGGACUUCUACAAGAACUGGAAAAACUACACUGCCGGCUUCGGUAACAUGAAUGAUGAGUUCUGGCUGGGUCUCACCAACCUCCAUAAAAUCACAAAUUCUGGGCAUUAUGAGCUGCGAGUGGAUUUGAGGGACAACGGGGAGUCAGCCUACGCUCAGUACGACAAGUUUACAGUUGCAGAGCCAAGAACACGCUAUAAAGUCCACAUAGGAGCAUAUAGUGGAACAGCAGGUGACUCCAUGACUUAUCACCAGGGUCGACCCUUCUCCACUUUUGACAAUGAUAAUGAUAUUGCUGUCACCAACUGCGCUUUGUCUUACAAAGGCGCCUUCUGGUAUAAAAACUGUCACCGUGUCAACCUCAUGGGGAAAUAUGGUGACAACAGUCACAGUAAGGGGAUCAACUGGUUCCACUGGAAAGGCCAUGAACACUCAGUUGAAUUUGCAGAGAUGAAGAUUAGGCCAGUCAACUUCAGAAAUUUUGAGAGCAGAAAAAAAAGAUCAUAGACUCGUGAACCCCUUCUCAUCCACACCUCAUCUCCAUCCUCUCGAGCCUUGUCAGCAGUCAUGUACCUCUGUGUUUCCCUAUCCCCAAGUCAUUCUCUAAAAUACAACAUAAACAAAGAUAAUCACGCUGAAUGUCAUUCUGUUCUGGCUGUGAGAAAAACUUGGUAACGUUACACCAAAGAAUCAAACAAUUAGACAUUUUUUUGUGUAGCUAUCCCAAUUUAGCACCAAUGUGUUGAUUAUAUUUAUAAUGCCCGAAGAAAGUAGAAGAGUGUUUAAUGAGCAUGAAUGCACAUACAGUGCAAGUGUUAUUGGGAUCAAACAUAAGACAACAUAACAUAAUUGUAAAAUUGUGUAAAUAGGUCCACUGGAUCAGUCACAUGUCAAAGGCACAUAGUCAGAAGGCGUGAGGGUGCUCACAUCCCCUAAAAUAGUCGGAGGUUUAUUAUUAUGUUGAUUUAGCUCAAUUGACCAGGAUAAAUUAUAGAAAAUUAUUCCUCUUAAUGAAUAUAAUGAACUCUAUGAAAUGUCAUUUACAUUUGCUGUACAAGCAGGAGACCAACUGAAUUUGGAGGGCACCAAUAUCAUUGAUUUCAUGUUUAAUAUUGCUUUACUUAUUUUGAUAGAAAAAAAUCUGAUGCUCUGCAACCUUCAAUAAAAAUAAAAGUAUUAGUUUGAUAAAAGUGUGUAUGAGCUCUUUUUUUUUACUGCCAUUCCAGCAGGUGGCAGUGUUUACUCUCUGUGUAAUGUGUAAUGCAUGUCCUGUAUGUGGAAGGCUCUGUUGGUUUUUUCUUCAUUCUUAAACCGGAAAGACCAUGAAAAGGACUAAAGUUGUGGAAAAAAAAAACCUUUGAUAUGGUUAAGACUACAGAAACCU